UAUUUUUGCAUAAAAAUAUAUUUAUAUUGGAAAACUCCUACCAGCUGCUCAUCCUUUACAACAGCCAAAUAUAAAAUCUUUUAUUUUUUAAAUAUUUAUAUUUUUUAUUGGUUUUUUCACAUGGCCAUCAUCAGUGCUGCUAAAGGUUUAAUAAGUGAAUUGGCACAGCGUGUACCAAAAAAUCAGCUGAAACAGUUGGACAAAUUUAUGGAAUUAAAUGCAAAGUACAAAACUCGCUUAAGUAAAUAUCCGGAGAAGUUACCGCGAAUCGACUGGGAGGAUUAUCGCACAAGUGUACGAUUAGAAGCGAUUAAAAUGGUGGAUGAAUUCGAGAAGAAAUAUGAGGAGCUGAACAAAGUUUUCGACGACCGCGUCAAAUUGGAUACAAAGAAGUACUAUGCGGAGUUAGAGAAGCAAAGGGCGGAAGUCCAGGUGCAAGUUAAGCAGUACAUCGACGAAUCAAACCAACGCAUCAAAGCGUAUGAGGCGGAAAUUGCCCGAAUUUGCGGCAUGAAGCCCUAUUCCUCGAUGACAAUAGAAGAGUUUAUUAACCUGCGACCUGAGCACUCCACUUAUAUACCUCAUAGCCGUAAACCACUUUUCUGGCCACAUGAUCCUGAUGAGCAGAUACCCGGACCAGUGGGUAUAAAGAAGCCAGGUGAAGGGGGCAGUGGUGGUGCUGGUGACGGCAGCCAUCCAAUUAAACCGAGUGAUUUCAAAGGUAAAACGGAGAAAUUCGAGUUCAACGCUGGUAAAAUAGAUGAAGCGAGACCGUCAGUUGAAGCAAAGGCUGCAGAAGCUGACACAGCACCAGCACUAGCAAUGGCAACCGAGCCCAUAGAGGCUAAGCCGGCACCACCGAAACAAGUUGAUGCGGUUGAAACACUAAAAGAAACUAUACAAGAAAUUUCUUCCGAACGUGGAAAACCUCAUCUAGCUGAGGCGAAACCAUGCGUGAAUCAGGUGGAACUAUCGAAAUCCAGCGCUGAGAAGGUUGCUGAACCGAAAAUCCACAUAGAUAAACCGAUAUCUGAAGAAUUGAGAAGAAAAUUAGAUCCAUGCAAUCUGAUUGAAGAACAUCAUAAGAAAGAGGAGGCAGCUGCAGACAGAUGUACCACUCCUGCUUCUUCAAAGCCAGAAGAGAAGACACAGCCAACUGAAAAACUCGAAAAGAAAUCGGGAGGCGAGAAAAAUGAUCAGCUAAGGAAGCCCCAUCCAUGUGAUUUGGUGAAGAAGAUGAAAGAACCAAUUGCAGAAAAAGUCGUUACCUGUAAAACUAUUCCAAAGGGGCCCCAUGAGAAUGAAAAUAAAGACUCGCGCGUAUUUUUUAAUCCGUGUGAAACUACAUUUGGUUUCAAUACCAACGCAGGGAUUUCACUUCCAGGACAUACAACGCAAAAGGAAAAUGCUCUAGUGAAAUCGGAAAAGACGAAAGCGCCAAAGGAACCAACAAAAGAGCUUAAGAAACCGCUUGCUGGUCCCAAAGAACCGGGACUUCACUUAAAAAAAAAGGUAGAAACUUGUGCACACGUGGAACCAGUGAUGGGCGAUGAAGGUAGUUGUAAAAGUGCUGCUUCCAAAGACCCGGGACUUCACAUAGAAAAAAAGGUAGAAACUUGCUCACGCGAGGAUUCUUGCAAAACCGGUUCUAGCGUUGAGGUCAAACCCAUUCAGACGAAAACUUUGGAUUCGAAGACGGCGAAAACCAAAUCAGAACCCAAGCCUUCCACUACAUGCGAUUCGGUAAAGAAAACGACAGUAGUUGAUAAAGAUAUUUCUAAAAGUGCUGCUUUCAAAGAACGGGGGCUUCACAUAGAAAAAAACGUAGAAACUUGCGCACACGUGGAACCAAUGGUGGUCGAUAAAAAUAGUUCUAAAAGUGCUACUCCGAAAGAACGGGGACUUCACGUAGAAAAAAACGUAGAAACUUGCGGUUCUAGCGUUGAGGUUAAACCCAUUCAGACGAAAACUUUGGAUUCGAAAACGGCAAAACCCAAAUCAGAACCCAAGCCUUUCUCUUCAUGCCAGCCAGUUGCGCCAAAGGAAAUUAAGUCACAAUCUUGCGUGAUGGAUCAUUCAACAGCUGACGUAUCUGCCACAAUGAGCAAAAGUAAGCAGGGCGGCUCUUGCGCACAAACGCCCUAUUACAAUCCCUUCAGAAGUGAUGAAGAAAACAGGCAGAAAGAAGAAGAAUUAUGUGAUGAAUGCACAGAUGAAGAUCCGUGCACAGAUGAUAAGCGUAGGCCGAAAACCGCAUAUUAUAAUCCCUUCAAAGAUGACAAGAAAAAGAAUUAAAUGAGGGUUUUAUGGAGAGCUUUGAGAACCAGUGAGAUGGAAGCUGAGAAGAGUUCAAAUUAACUUCAGUAGUUACUCAUGGCUUGAAAUACUAUUAAGGAGAUAUCACGCACUAUCCCCCCUGAUUCUUAAAGCAAUUAUUAAUUUUCAGUUUUCACCGGUUAUUAUAAAUAAAAUUACUGUGCGCACUUACAUUUCAAAUUU